CAUUGAGCCUUUGGAUUGGCCAAGUAGUCUGCGUUUCAUGCCCUGCUUCUUUUCUGAUGGGCGUAUCCGUCACGGGAGCCCGGCACUAAUUGGAUGCGGAGAACGAGGGGCGGAACGGCGUGCAGAGGCGUUGGAGAGCGCGAGGAGAGGGCCGCGGGGUCUGGGCGCGGCCUGUCGGGACUCCCCAUGGAGACACACUUCGGGGACGUCAAACCGGAGAAGGCAAAAGGAACCGCACCCAAGUGAGCCCGAUGCGACGGAUCUCAUUCUACACAUCGUCCUCGCCCCGGAGAGGCGGGUCAGCAGGGUCCGUUGCCAGCCCGUCCCUCAGCUGCGGGGUGAGCCCGCGCAUCAGUGGGGACUGACCUGCCUUAGACGCACCUGGCUGGUCUGCCUGGCACAGCGUGCCCUCUGCAGCCUCUGGGCUCACGGGAACCCAUCACCAGGCGUCUGCACACUGGGGCACCAGCACUGCUGCGCGCGGCUCCCAGGCGGUUUUGAGUUGACAGCAGGCGUGUUGGAAUUUGUGCCCCUGGAAGUUACUCGUCUUUAUGUUCCACCCACUGAGGAAAUGGAUUUGGAUGAGCUGGACCUGAACCCCAGGAUUCUUGCUGCAGUUAAGAAAGCCAAACUGAAAUCGGUAAAGGAGGUUUUGCAUUUCUCUGGACCAGACUUGCAGAGACUGAGUGGCCUCUCUGGCCCUGAUGUGCAGUACCUGAUGAGAACGGCCUCCUCACACCUGCGGGGAAGCAGCGUCUUCACAGCCCUCCACCUGCAGCAGCAACCCGAGAGCUUCCCCGCACAGCACCAGCGCCUGAGCCUCGGCUGCCCUGUGCUGGACGGGCUCCUCCGCGGCGGGCUGCCCUUGGACGGCAUCACCGAGCUGGCCGGCUGCAGCUCGGCCGGGAAGACCCAGCUCGCACUGCAGCUCUGCCUGGCCGUACAGCUUCCACGGCGAUACGGAGGCCUGGAGGCCGGCGCCAUCUACAUCUGCACGGAGGACGCCUUCCCUGACAAGCGGCUGCAGCAGCUCAUGGCUCUGCAGCACCUUCGGACCGAUGUUCCCGGGAAGGUAAUCAGGACGAUAAAAUUUGGUGACCAGAUCUUUGUCGAGCAUGCGGCCGACGUGGACACGCUGCUGGAGUGUGUCAGUAAGAAGGUCCCCGUGCUGCUGUCCCGGGGCAUGGCCCGCCUGGUGGUCAUCGACUCUGUGGCAGCCCCGUUCCGCUGCGAGUUUGGCGGCCCGGCCUCGGUCCCCAGGGCCAGGUGUCUGCAGGCGCUGGGGGCCACACUGCGCCGGCUGAGCUGCGCCUUCGGAAGCCCGGUGCUGUGCAUCAACCAGGUGACAGAGGCCCUGGAGGAGCAGGGCGCGGAGCUCGGGCCGGUGGGCCUCUGGAAUGAGCGGGUGUCCCCAGCCCUGGGGCUGACCUGGACCAACCAACUCUUAAUGAGGCUGCUGGUGGAUCGGCGCCGCCCUGAGGAGGCUGUCCCGGGCCAGCCUGGCCGCACCCUGCGUGUGGGCUUUGCCCCACACCUGCCCCCCUCGUCCUGCUCCUACACAGUCAUGGCCAAGGGCGUGCGAGGGACGCCUGGGACUGAGUCUUGCUGACGCGGCAGCUGCAGUCAGCCGGGUCCCAAGAAGCCCCGUUCCUAGCAGAGGCUUCCAGCUCCACGGGUGAGGGGGGCAGCACUGUUAGCUGGCACAGCCUCGCCAGGUUCGGGGCUCCCGGGAGGCAGACCAUGAUGAGCCUGGGUGACGCCCACCACCCCUUCCGUGCUGGCAGUGCUGGGCCCCACCACGCCGCUUGGCACAGCGCGGGAUCGCCUUGGACAGAGCUGUGCAAUGAGAAUGCAGAGGGGCCUCCUCGACCCUUCGGGACUGACUUGCUCUCUGCCAGGCCCUAUCCUAAGUAUUUCAUCCAUGUUGGUAUAUGUCCUUUUUCCAGCCCUUGGACAGAGGGCAGUUCUGAUCCUUGCUCCCAGGUAGGGAAACUGAGGCAAGGUCAAGGGGCUUAGCCAUCCUCCCUCAUCCUGUGCCAGGAAAGCCAGGGCCCCCAGCCCCCAGGCCAGCACUGGGACAGGCCGUGCGUCCCUGUCAUCGGGCAGCCUCUGUACAGCUUUCUAGGGCAGGACGAGUCCAUUUAUGACUUUCAUCACCAUUUCAAAGUUAUCUGUGACCCUAAAAAGGCUAAGAAUGGCUGGCAUAAAAAAUAAAAAAUUAUUUUGGGGUUGGAA